AUGGAUAUAGUGGAAAAAAUCAACUCUGGAAUAACUAUUAUAUCUGAUCGAUACGCUUAUUCAGGUGUAUGUUACUCUACAGCUAAAGGUUUAAAUGUGGAAUGGUGUAAAAAUUGUGAUAAAGGACUUCCUUAGCCUGAUAUUAUUUUUUAUUUGUACGCUUCGGAAGAAGUGACAAGUAAAAGAGGAGGGUUCGGUGAAGAAAUUUAUGAGAAUAAUUCCUUUUAGAAAAAAGUCAGAUUCGAAUUUGAAGGAUUGCUAAGAAAUGAAAAAAAUGUUGUCAGAAUUGACACUGAAAAAAGCUUAGAUGAAGUCCAUUAAGAAAUUAAAGACCACUUAGAUGUUUUAAUGUAAAAAAGACUUAAAUGUGAACUUGAUAAAUUAUGGAUGGAGUGA